UUCUUGCUCAUAAUAAAGUUUUACUUUUUUUUUUUCUUUCUUCAUACCACCAUGGGUAAGAAGGUGAAGCUUGCAUUCAUAACCAGGGACACAGCCAGAAAAGCAACAUACAAGAAAAGGGUAAAAGGUUUGAUGAAGAAGCUCAAUGAAAUCACAACUCUAUGUGAAAUUAAGGCAUGUGCUAUAGUGUUCAAUCCUGAGGAUCUUGAACCACAAAUUUGGCCAUCCAUUCAAGGAGUUCAAAGUGUGCUGACCCAAUUCUUGCAUGUCCCCGAAUUCGUUCGGCAUCGAAAGAUGUUAAACCAUGAGAGUUACUUGAAGGAAAAGACUCAAAAGCUGAAUGAGAAGCUAAAGAAACAAAUGAAGGAGAAUAGGGAGAUGAAGAUGAUUCUUCAAAUGUAUCACUACCUUGAGAAAUGGAACAUUCCUGAGGAUUUAAGUAUUGUUGAUCAUAAUGAUCUCACAUAUGUGAUUGAUGAGAAAAUGAAGGAAAUUAAUAUGAAGAUGAUGGAAAUGGACAUCAAUGAUCAAAGGGUAUAG